GCUUAUAAAGAGCCGAGGGCGAUGCCGUCGAAGGAGGAGAGCAAGCGAAGCUCGGGUUGGAGGAGACGCGAGACCGCGCCGCUCUUGGCCUCCCGUCUGCCCGCGGGCCUCUCGCCGCGCUCCUCUCCAGUCUCGGUCCCCGGUCCCGACCGUCGAGGCGCACUGCCGCCCGCCCCCAGCGGGUCUCGCCGUCUGCGGCUGCUGCUUCUCCUACUGCUCUGCUCCGGGACGCCGCCGCGGCCGCCGCGCUCGUCUUCCCCCUCCUUUCCCAGGCAGCGCUUGCGCGGGCAGCCCGGCGCACCCCACCGCAGGAUGUACAUCUGGCAGGUCGUGGCUUGCGGACUCUUCCUCGCCCUGCUCGCCCUGGGGCUGGAGGCGAUGCCGGCUCCCCAGAACCUGCAGAAGAGCCCCUCCGGGAGCGCGGCGGCGGCGGCGCUGGGACGCGAACUGGCGGAGCUGCUGGAGGCGUCGUCGGGGCCCGCGGCGGGUGGUGCGCGUAGCGGCGGCUCCAAGCAGGGCUCGGGCGGCAGCAGCUCCUCGUCGCAGCAGCGGGGCAAAGGCUCUUCGUCAUCGUCGUCGAGGCUGAUGCGGGACCUGCGCACCGACGCCAAGCAAACGCGGGCAGCCUGGUCGCGUGUGAUGCACCCGGAGCACCACGGCGGCGGCGGCGGCGGAGGCGGCGGCGGAGGAGGGUCUCGGCGCUUGAAGGGCCUCUCCAAGAAGGGCCUCUCCAAGGGCUGCUUCGGCCUCAAGCUCGACCGCAUCGGCUCCAUGAGCGGCCUGGGCUGCUGAGCCGUCGAGGGCGGCCAGCGGGCGACACCCAGCGGCGGUCCUUGAACUGACAGUCGUUCUGCAUCCUUCUGCCCCACCCCAUGGACGUUUGCCGACAUCUCCCCACAGAAAUCCAGGAUCACUUGUGACCGGCUGCCCACAGCAGACAGGAGGUCUUGCUGGGUUUAUUGGACUGGUACGAGGACUUUGAGGCGGAACCAGUGAUUUGCAGGGGGGAGGGGUUUUUGUUUUCGAGGGGGGGUUUGCUUCGGAAACCCCAAAGCUCUCUUUCUAUCAUACCCAGUAUAUGCCUACAUACAUACGUAUAUCUAUAUCUAUAAACACAAUAAAUGCCUCGUGACAAGGGACCAUUCCAUUCCCAGAGACUGAGGAGGCCAGCUGUAUACCCGAAGGUGGUUGUUUGUACAUUCAUGUCACGCAUCAAUGUAUUUAUGUUGUAAAGCUAUUUAUAUGUUUAUAAAGAGAUAUUUAUAAAAAUUUUAUUUAUGUAACUAAAUGAAAAAGGAGUCUAGCAUUGUAACGUUUCUUUCAUCCUAAAUAGUUGGAAAAUGUUGAAGAAGAAAAAAAGAACCAACCAACCACCAUCCCAUG